AACCGGGGGGCUGAGCGCACGCAGGCCCCGCCCCCGCGGACGGAGCUCAUUUCCCAGCCCCGCCGCCCAGAGCUCUCCGCUCAGAGGAACGGGCACCAUGGCCAUGACGCUGGGGUACUGGGACAUCCGAGGGCUGGCUCACGCCAUCCGCCUGCUCCUGGAGUACACAGACUCCCCCUACGAGGAGAAGAAGUACUCGAUGUUGGGGAACGGGCCCGACUUUGACAGAAGCCAGUGGCUGAACGAGAAAUUCAAGCUGGGCCUGGACUUCCCCAAUCUGCCCUACUUGAUUGACGGGACUCGCAAGCUCACCCAGAGCAAUGCCAUCCUUCGCUACAUUGCUCGCAAGCACAACCUCUGUGGGGAGACGGAGGAGGAGAAGAUCCGCGUGGACAUGCUGGAGAAUGAGGUGAUGGACCUCCGGAUGUACAACAUCAGGACCUGCUACAGCCCUGACUUUGAGAAACAGAAGCCCGAGUUCUUGAAGGCGCUCCCUGAAAAGUUGAAGCUCUUCUCACAGUUCCUGGGGAAGAAGUCGUGGUUUGCGGGGGACAAGCUCACCUACGUGGACUUCCUGGCCUACGACCUGCUGGACGUGCUGCGCCUGUUCGAGCCCACGUGCCUGGAUGCGUUCCCGAACCUGAAGGACUUCAUCGCCCGCUUCGAGGGCCUGAAGAAGAUCGCCGCCUACAUGAAGAGCAGCCGCUUCCUCCGCACGCCCGUGUACUCCAAGGCCGCCCAGUGGGGCAACAAGUAGUGCCUCCCGGGGUCGCUAAGAAGAGGGGGAACGUGGGACGGGGGCCUCCCUCAUCUCUGCAUUUGGGGGCGCCUCCUCUGAGCCGGCGGACGCGGUGCCACGGUUCGGGGGCCCUCGGGCAAGCUGUCCGCUGCUGGUGUGGGAUCCUGGUGGCCUGCCUUCUGUCCCCUUUCCCACAACACGUCUCAAUAAAGCGCACCCACUGCAUUGUCA